CAGAGAGUGAGCUGGUGUCUUCUUUGCAUUUACAUCAGCAUCGUUUCAGAAAAAUCUCUGCCGCCACAGCUGUAGUCAUCCGGGUGGAAGGAUGCUCAAGGAAGAUCAAGGGAUGGGAGAAGAGGCAGGCUCUUACCGUGGGAAGUGCCUCAACAGCAUUUACAAGGUACAGUGAUUGAUUUCCACUGUCAACCUCAGCAGUGGGAGCAAAAGCAGGUUUUUCAUCUUCAGAGACCAAAGCAGCAGACAGCUGCAUCAGGAAUUACUCUGAUUCAGGGGGUGUUGUGACUGAUGGAAGACAAAAAGAUCUUCUGAAUGGACCUUAAAAUAUAAAAUCUGAACCUCCUGAUCAUCACAGCAUCAACCUCUUGACCACAAGGCAACUUCUGACCUACUUUCAAGCCACUGUUUUCUGGCUGCUCUUUCUUGCUUUGAAGGAUGGGUGAUGGGCCUGUGACUGAUCCUGCCUGCCUGCUUCAUUCCACCCUUCAAUGGAGCCGAUGUGGAACUCCUCCCACACACCUCAACAAUCCGCAUCCAACAUGUCUGCCUCCUCUCUGUCCGAGGGCUGGGCUCUGUCCCAGUCGCUAGCCCUCCUGGCAAUGCUGCUCAUGGAUCUGCUGGCUGUGGUGGGAAAUGUGGCUGUCAUGGCGGUCAUUGCCAAGGCCCCACAGCUCCACAAGUUUGCCUUUGUCUUCCACCUGUGUGUGGUGGACCUGCUGGCAGCCCUGGUGCUGAUGCCACUUGGCAUGCUCUCAAGCCGAGCCUUCUUCGGGGAGGCUCUGUGCAGGAGCUACCUCUUUCUCAGUGUGUGCCUAGUCAGUGCUGCCAUCCUCUCUAUCUCUGUCAUUAAUGUGGAGCGUUAUUACUACAUCAUACAUCCCAUGCGUUAUGAAGUAAAAAUGACUGUUGGCCUGGUAACUUCAGUGCUAGUGGGCAUAUGGGUCAAAGCUCUGGCCAUGUCUGCUCUGCCAAUGCUCGCUUGGUUCCUGCAAGGUGGAAAAACUCCUCUUCUGGAAAAUGGUGGAGUUGGGGGAGGAGGUGGAGGUGCCGUCCCAUCUCCUCCUGCUCAGGGUCACAGGCGCUGCUCACUGCACUGGACUGGUGGAGGGUCAAACCGCUUAGCCUUCAUGGUCCUCUUCACUCUGGUGUAUUUCCUGUGUCCUCUGCUGGUCAUUCUAGUUGUGUACUGCAACAUGUUCAAAGUGGCUCGGGUCGCUGCCAUGCACCAUGGACCAUUGCCUACCUGGAUGGACACACCUCGCCGCCAACGGUCAGAGUCCCUCAGCAGCCGUUCCACAAUGGUUACCAGCUCUGGGACAGGCACUGGGACUGACAGAGCAACUCCACAGCGCCCCUUUGGAGGAGGAAAGGCUGCUGCAGUGCUGGCAGCAGUAGGUGGGCAAUUCCUUUGCUGUUGGCUGCCUUACUUUACUUUCCACCUUUAUUCGGCACUGGUUGCCAGCCCACCUGCUGCACUUGCUUCUCUGGAGGAGGCGGUCACCUGGAUUGGUUACUUCUGCUUCACCUCUAACCCCUUCUUCUACGGCUGUCUCAACAGACAGAUCCGCGAGGAGCUGGGCAAGCAUUUGCCUUGCUUGUUUCGUAGAGCAGGGGUUGAAAUGGAGGACAGACUACCAAGUCAUGAAGGAUCCAUUGAGGAGAAUUUCCUCCAGUUUCUCCAGGGUACUGGCUGCAACCUGGAUCCUCAAAACUCUCGCAGCACUUCCAGUCCUAAGGGGGAGGCCUGCUGCCCUGUGGCUCAGCCCCGGCCAACUGAGCCUGCACAACCCAUACCUAUUGAUUUCCGUAUCCCUGGACAAAUUGCAGAAGAGACUUCAGAGUUCAUUGAGACUGAGCAGGUGAAAAACAAUCACAUAUAUACAGACAAUUAAUUUUUUAAUGUCUUUAUAUUCAGAAAACACUUUUAAUGAUGUAGUGUUCAGGAAAAUGUUUUUCCAUGUUGAAAGCUGUCCAGCAGGUUGCUCAGUCUAUUUAAAUAACUUUUAAAUGCAUCUUUGAAUGAUUUUGUUUAGCCUCAUCUGGUUUUCAUGCUAUUUUUUUAACACAAUCACAGAGAUACAGUUUAAUGCAGUUGGAAUGUAUUUUUAAAUGUUGCUUUUGAAAAGGUAAACUAUUACAACAUUUAGGAAAAAAGGCUGUUUUGAUCUUUUGCACACCCGCUCUGUUCCAUGCAGAAUGACUCAGCACAUUCAUUCUGAAAAAACAAGUUAAAACCCCUUUUAAAAUAAAGAUCAUAAUAGUAAUUAGUUGACUUUCAGCGAUCUCUCACAUAACUGCAUUAUUGUGCAGUGGAUGAACUGAUUUAAUUUUUUUUUGUAAUGAAAAUCAAACAGUUCCACUCAUAACACUCUUUUCACAUAUGAGACUCUGACAAGUCUGUUAUUUUUAAAUAAAGUCAAAUAUGAAAGCAAUAAAACACUCUAAAUUACGAGUGUUGAUAAGUCGUUUAGCUUUCAUCAGCUCACAGUGGCAGCUGAUGCUUGAACCUGUCAGAUUACAUCAGAUUGAGGGGUGUAAAUGUUAUGACCUAAUCUCUCAUGGAACUGCUGCAAGUUGUUUACAAAUAGGAUUUUAUUUCCAAACACACCCUUCUUUCAUUUUCUGCACAAAGGCCUGAUUUAAGGUGACUCAGUUUGUACUGAAGGUUGAUUUUAUAACUCAUCUUUAGGGUCAUUGAGCUUUCUGCCAUGUGGUGUAUUUAUCAGUGUGUUUGAAUAUAAAUUUGAAAAACCAGUAUUGUCUCGAUGCACUGCAUCACAUGCAGAUAUGACUCUAUUCACUACAUUGUUUAAUGUACUAAACUGUAUGUUUGUUUAGUAAAAGUGUUGGUAUGGUUUGUGUAUGCCACUCAGUGCACACAUUUUGCUUUUUUAUUGGUGAAUGUUUGCAUUUGUGAUUAAGUUCAUAACAAGGUGGAUUUUUAUUUAUUUAUUUAUACAUUUUUUGUAUGCAGUAACCGCAAUCUCUACAUCUUUUAGCUUUGGAGAUUUUUUUUUAUCUGAAAGUAAAUACUUAUAGAUGCAUUAUUAAUUAACUUCCAUGGUCAUUGUGUGUUUUUUUUCUUUUAUAUUGCAUCAAUGCAGGAAAUUCUAUUUUAUAGUCAUGUGUGUUCUGUCAGGUAUGAUUUCUGCACACUAUGUUAAUGUUGUAAGGAGACUACGUGAAGCAGUAAAAAAAUGCUUAUUGAAGUUUCAUUAGAGCUAAAGAUGCAGAAUAAGUUUUUUAAGCUUGUACUAAAAUUGUAUUUUUUACAGACAACUGUAAGGGAAUAUGACAAAAGAACAUGACUGACUGGCACAAAGCAUAUUUAUUCAUAUUGUGGAAACAGGGUUUUUAAGAUAUUUUUCUCAGAAGGUGUUUUUGUGACAAUGCCAAUCAAAAACCAAUAGCUUGCUGAGCUUGAGAUGCUUUUAGUCAUUAUGUCUAAUUAUACCAAACUGUGAAAGAUGUUGAACAUUUGUGUUAGGAUUAGCAUUUUUUCAAAGAUAUUUUUUUUAUGCUGUGAUCAAAAUAAAGAAUGACUUCCACUGUACUGCAAUGAUAUGAAUGCGUUUAGAGUAAAAAAAAAAAUUAAACAUGAGUGAGAGACACUGUUGUAAUAAA